UGAGAGAAUUUCUGAUGGCUACUAAACUGCCUUCAGUGGUACAUGAACAUUUCAUACGUCCUACUGCUAGAUCUGGUCACAUCAAGGGAAAGUGUAAAUAUUGUGAGUGGACUAUUUCUACUUCAGGAAAAACCACUUAUAACCUGCUGAACCAUCUGAAGCAUAAUCAUGAUGCAGAGUUACAGAAGUCUACAUUUGGCUCUGGUACUUCUGCCCAGAUGUUGCAGCCUACAAUACUAAAUACAAGUCUACACAUCCUUGUCAAAAGUACAUCACUAACAAAUUUACCAAUUUUAUUGACAGUACACUGCAACCCUUCUCAUUGGUGGAGUCAAAAGGUUUCAAAUCUAAUGGCAUCCAUGGAUUCUUGAUAUAUUCUUCCCAG